UCGUUAAAAGCGAACGCGCUGCGCAAAAGUGAAAACCUAAUCAACGAACGAACGCACAGCAAAAGCAGCACCACAAGAGCAAACCAAACAAACAAACAAGCAAUAAACACAAGACACAAAACAUAGACGCGUGCCACAAGACACAUUUACCGUUCACGUAAUCCUCGCCAGCCUCAGCUGCCUGCCUGCCCAGCUGCCUGCCUGCCAUGCUAUAGUCUUGCCAAGAUGCCACUAGAACUGUUGCUGCCGCUACGGCUUCUGCUGCUGCUGCCGCUGUUGUUGCUGCUUGCCGCCUGCAUUUCGCCCAGCGACGCUUGCUCAUCGCGUGCCAUAACCAAGCCUCGCACCGAGGCGCCACCAACGGACUCCCCGCCGCCGGACAAUGUCAUUGCGCUGACAACGAUUUCGCCACGUCCGAACAUCACAUUUCCCAUCUUCAAUUGCCCGCCAACAUAUGCCGCGUGGUAUUGCUUGAAUGAUGCCACCUGCUUCACCGUCGAGAUUCACAACGAGAUUCUCUACAAUUGCGAGUGUGCGAUGGGUUUUAUGGGACCGCGCUGCGAGUACAAAGAGAUCGAUGGCUCCUAUUUGCCAACACGAAAUCGUGUCAUGUUCGAGAAGGCCAGCAUUGUGAGUGGUGCCACGCUCGCCGUCAUCUUUAUGGCCAUGUGCUGUGUGGUGCUCUAUCUCCGUCACGAGAAACAGGCAAAGGAGAAGCUACACGAUAGCAGAGGAGGCACAGAUGUGGGCGACAUGGGUUUCGAAAACGAAGGCAUCGACGAAGUGGAUGGCCUGAAAUCGUCGCGCAUAGCGCGUCGUCCAUUUGGACCGCAUCACAAUCGCAUCCUGACCAUGGAGCAGGCCUAUCUCCAGUCAACUCCCAGCAGUCACGAGAGAGCCAGGCACUGAGUGAGAGUGGCAAGGAGGAGGAGGAGCCGGAGUGGUGUGCAACUAACCAAACAACGGAAUGCCUUCUUAACUUAACUACUUCUUCAUCGUUUCAACUGUUCUAAACUGUUUUUUAUUUCUUUUUCUAUUAUUAUUUAACUCUAAAUUUGUUUUCUCUUGAUUUUAACCGACUGUAGUAUUAAGUGCCUUCCGAAUUGCAGCUAAAGGAAAUAAGUAUUAUUAACUGAAACUGCUGUAUUAAUGCAAUGCAAUUUUGGCAGCUAGCCGCUCAUUUUACAAAACAAAAAAAAAACAACAAACAAAACUAAUUUAAUUAAUUAUUUAUUAACUUGAAUGACGUCGCCUUAAUAAAUGCGAAAUGAAUCAAAACAACUAAAAACAUAAA